AUGGUUGUAGUGCCAUGCGGAAUGUGACAGAGAAGUGUCCUGGACUGGAGUGUCCAAAGCUGAUCAGGACAAGGCUACUCCGAAAGUACUUGGCCACAACAAUCCAGUUGUUGGAUAUGACAGGUGACGAGCUUAAGAUGGUGGCUGAUCAUAUGGGACACUCAGUGGCCGUUCACACUGAUGUCUACAGACUUCAGUCUUCACUGCUGGAGAAAACUAAAGUUGCUAGAGCACUCAUUGCCCUUGAAAAUGGAAAUCUAACAAAAUUUGCAGGGAGAAACCUAGCAUCUAUGCCAGUGGAAGAGCUUCCUCUCCCAACAGCAGACCGAGAAGAUGAGGAGGAGGAUGAUCUUGAGCCUUUGAACGUUGCAGAGGAAUCUGGCUCGGAGCACACGGGAGAAGAUGCUGGCCAACCUGGUGCUGCAGUAGAGACUCUGGAGGAUGUUGGGACUGUGGAUGAUAGACUGUCUAUGUCGGAAAAAACUAAGAAACCUAAAGGAAGGAAAAGAUGGUCACUUGAGGAAGAAACAAGUCUCUGCACUCAGUUCAAGGAGAACAUUGUCACCAAAACAAAUCCGUCUGGAAUGCAAAUCAGACAGGCUCAGGAGAAGUGUCCAUUCCUGAAGGAGCGGUCUGUCGCUGUUAUUAAAACCAAAAUCAACAAUAUUAUUCUUGGCAAAUGUAAACUGUCAGUGUCUGGGUAGAAACUGAACCUUAUUUCAAUAUCCUUUUUUCAUGUAGUAUGUGAGACAUUACUUGAAGUAUUUGCCGAUAAGCGCUAUUAUUUUUCUUGUAAUUGUAAUUUGACUUUCAAAUGACCUUGCUUUCUAUAUAAGCCUAUAAAUUUGAAUGCUUGGUCAGGGCUGGGAUUAUACAUAGGCCGUGCUGACAUCUGCCAUGGUACCAUCUGAUUGUCAUGAACCCCAUUUCCACUUUCUUUGCCAUUUUAUGAAUAACAGAAGCUUUCAGAUAUUGCCUACUUACUUGCAGUGAUGGAUGAACCCAACAUUUGUCUUCUUCUUCUUCUUCUUCUUCUUCUUUUUCUUCUUCUUCCUCC